AUGUCGGCGGUUCCGAGCGGAGCACCAGAUCCCGGACCCACCGACGUUGUCCAUCCCGGGGAGAAGGCAGGGCCUCCUGCCGGGAGCCAAGGGUCACUGCGGCCCGAUCAACUGGGUGGCCUGGUGCAGUGUCUUCUGCACCGCUUCAAGAGAAGAACUGGCGGGCCAAACGGAGCCGGCGUCCCGGGCGGGGAGCGGCUCGGGGGAGGAUUCCUGGAGUGUGGCGGCGGCGGCUGCGGGGAGCUGCUGGCCGAGCCGGUCACCCUGCGCUGCGGACACACCUGGUGUCGCCGCUGCCUGCGGAGGAGCCCCCGCUGCCCGGCCUGCGGGGAGGAGGCGGCCGGCCCUCAGUCUCUGCGCCCCAAUGUCAUUCUGAGCCACCUGAUCGCGAAAUGGUUCCCGGCGGAGGUCAGCCGGGCCCGGGAUAAAAUCAAACUGGAGGAGCUGCUGGCACAGUGCCGCUUCCCAGAGGCACUGACCCUGCUCGAGCAACUGGAACUGAAACCCAGUGAUGUUGCCCUACAGAGCUACAGGGCUGAAUCGUAUGCUGGUCUUCAACAAUUCAAAGAAGCCAGGGAGGAUAUGGAAGCAGUGUGUUCAAGAAGGCCUGCUUGGCCAGAGGGAUAUUUUAGAAAAGCUAGAGUCCUAUAUACUAUGGGUCUGAUCAAUGAAGCCGUACAAUCAUUUCUUCAGUGUUUGGCUUUGGAUGAAGAUUUUACUCCAGCAAAAGUUGAAGUGGAAAAGAUUUUGUGUGAUUUAUUGUCACCGGUUCCUGAGAGUAUCAAAGAAGGAUUGCAGCACAUUAGGAAUGAAGAUUUGCCAGUUCACACUCUCACCACUGUAGGCUGCUUUCGAAAGACAUCUAACGCCUCAGAAUUUAUAAAUAAUGAGCAGAUAUCAAGCAUCCCAAAAAACUCGGAGGGAGAAUUAGCAUAUCUGAGUUGGACUCGAUCUGUUCAGUUAUUGCGUAGGGUAGAGAAACUUGUUGGUUUAAAAAGGAUUUCUUCAGUCCCUCUCCUUUCAUGCAAAGAAAAGGCAGUUCUACUGAAAAGAAAGUUGCCUUUUAGCGAUCAAGAAAUAAAGGAAACUGGCGAUGCAAAGAUUAAACACCAAAAGCGGGAUACUGAACAACUGUUCCAUGCACUACAUUUUGAGAGAACGUUAACUAAGGAUGUAGUAGAUGCAGUAGAUUUUGAGUGUUCUCUUUGUAUGAGAUUGUUCUUGGAGCCCAUCACGACACCUUGUGGACACACCUUCUGUAAAUGUUGUUUGGAACGGAGUUUGGACCACAGUCCACUAUGCCCACUUUGUAAAGACAGCCUAAAAGUAUAUCUUGAAAAUAGGAAAUAUGCUGUCACCUAUUUGUUGGAAGAAAUAAUUGCAAGGUAUCUUUCUGAAGAACUGUGUGAAAGGCAAAGGAUUCAUAAUGAAGAAACUGCAGAACUUUCAAAUUUGACCAAAAAUGUUCCCAUCUUUGUGUGCACUAUGGCGUACCCUACUGUGCCUUGUCCUCUUCAUAUUUUUGAGCCACGGUAUAGGCUUAUGAUUCGAAGAUGUAUUGAGACUGGUACAAAACAAUUUGGAAUGUGCACCAGUGACGCACAUAAUGGAUUUGCAGAUUAUGGCUGUGUGCUGCAUAUAAGAAACAUUCACUUCCUUCCUGAUGGACGAUCUAUUGUUGAUACAGUUGGAGGAAAUUGUUUCAAGGUUUUGGAAAGAAGGCAAAGGGAUGGAUAUUACAUUGCCAAUAUCGAAUACUUGAAAGAUGUUAAGGUUACAGGAGAGGAAUUGGAUGAACUUAUAGAUCUUCAUGAUGAGGUGUAUGCACAAGCUUGUAAAUGGUUUCAAAACUUGAAAAGUCGAUUCCACAGUCAAAUCCUUCAGCAUUUUGGUCCAAUUCCAGAGAGAGAAACAGAUUUACAGGGCCCCCCAAAUGGACCUGCUUGGUGUUGGUGGCUUCUUGCUGUUCUUCCUGUGGAUCCAAAAUAUCAGCUUUCUGUGUUGUCUAUGACAUCCUUAAUGAACCGCUUAAUCAAAAUUCAGAAGAUUUUGACAUACUUCUCGAAUGCAAGAGAUCAAUCCAAGUGACAAUCAGCCUGGACUUGCUUCAAGGAUCAUGAAAUCCUCUUUCUAAUCGGGGAUAGAUUAUUUGUUAUUUUUUUCAUAUGCGGUGCUGGUUUCAGUAAGAUGCAAGUAGCAGACAUAGUCUUGAAAGGAAUUGCAAAAUAUGCUGAUAACAGAAAGAAAACCUGACCGUAUUUAUUUCCUACUAAGAAGGUUUUGUGACAGACCAUCCUCUACUCCAUUUCUAUGAAAUUUUGAAUAAACAGAAAUUCUAUGAUUUUUGUACUAAGUUUUGAAGUUGUACUGAUUAUUUGAACUAGCAUUACUUGAUGCACAGUUCAGAGCACUAUAGAUGUGUUCUUUUAGCAAUAUAAUAGAAAUUUGCAAACUUCCAUCUGAUUACCACAAAUAAUUUUGAGUUUGCCAUUACCUAUCCUGAAUUGGCAAAUUUUUGCUGUGGUAUGGGUGCUGGCAACCCUGUGACCCAUAGUUAAAAAUCACACAAAACUAGGUUAUAGUCCAACAGGUUUAUUUGGAAGCACUAACUUUCGGAGAACUUCCCCUUCAUCAGGUGGUUGUGGAGUGCUUCCAAAUAAACAAGCGUCUCCAAAUCUGUGACCCACAGUGAGAGAAACUGACAUGCAGCAAGUUAUUUGACUAUGGCUAAUCUGUGCAUCAUAUGUCCUCACUUAUUGGCAAUAUACAUUCACUUCCCAGCAAGGGCAACAAGAUAGCAGACAAGCAGUUUUCACCUUCCUCAACACUUCACAAUUUUUUAAUGGUCAAAACUGACCGACUCUACAUAAAAACAAUUAACAAAACUAGGACUUCCUCGUAUAUGUGGCAUAUUAUCACAUCAGACAUAUGUUGCAUACACUUACAAAUCUAUCAGGCAAGAUUCUCCAAUUCUGUGAAAUGGCAUACCUGUCCUGUGCAUUAAUUAUAUAUCAUAAAAUUAUAAUCCUAAGAAGAGGCCAACCUUAAUACAACUAUUUUUAGACUUAAAUUUCAGCUCAGUUACAGAUUACAUUUUGCUAAUCUGAGCAAUAAAUUAUGAACUCGUAAGUCUGUUUUUGUUUGAAAAAGCAAAAAUCUCAACAUUUAGUGUUGUAAUGGUUUCUAUCUUUGCUCCGAUGACUUGUAUUUUCUUUGCGAUUAUGUGCUGGCGGUGUGUAAUUAUGCCAGGCAUUGCCUUUCUGAUCUGUAAAUUUGUACAAGGUUUAUACAAAUGUUCAGCUUUGAAUUGUAUUUAAUUUAUUUUUUUGAAUAAAAUAAAGAUCAGAAAUGAAAA